CGAAUGUUCCUUUCAUUUACGUUUCGUCAUUUGUUCGUGGCGUCUGGUCUUAGCGAGCGCGUUGAGGCAGGAGUGUUGUGUUUUGACAACAUGGCUGAGAAAAGGAAGCUAAAGAAAAGAAAGGAGGAAUUGAUCCCUGGUUCAAAAGUUGAGCCAGAAAAGCCAUCCAAAGAGGAAUAUGCCGUUGCAAAGUGGCUCAGAAACAAUGUUCCAAACAAGAAGACAAAAUUUCUUAACUACAGUGUGGAAUAUUUUACUGCUGUGAAGGCAGUUGACGCCCUUAUGGAUUCUCACUGGGCUAAAGAAAGGAAGGGAGGGGAGGAACCAUUUUUUGCAUGCAGAGAAGAUGUGGUUGAUUUUCUGGAGAGAAUGCUGAGCCACAAAUUCUUUCAUCGUGCCAAGAAGGUUGUUGUAUCUGAAGAAGAACUCAAGGGAAAGCAAAAAAAGAGGGAGAAAAAGAAAGACGAGGUAGAUGAUAAAGAGGACAAAAGAAAGGAAAAGAAGAGUAUUGAAGAAGCAGAAAGUAGUCAUGCUGAGGGCUGCAAGGAAGAAAAAGGCUUGGCUCCGGUUGAGAAGCAACAGCGCAAGAAACGUAAAAUUCGUUUGGAAAUGCACAUUGAACAAAUGUUUGUCGAUGGCUUGGAUGCAUAUGUCUGGCUCUACGAUCCCAUUCCAUUUUAUUAUUGGGUGUUUGGCACAUUGGUAGUUCUUGGGGCUAUUGGAAUUUGUGUAUUUCCUUUAUGGCCACCAUCAGUGAGGAAGGGUGUUUACUACUUAAGUGUUGCAGCAGCUGGUGUGUUGGUGUUUAUUUUGGCCCUUGCAAUUUUGCGUGUUAUUGUCUUCUGUAUCAUCUGGACACUUACUUUUGGCCGACACCAUUUCUGGCUGCUUCCAAAUUUGGUGGAAGAUGUUGGCUUUUUGGCAUCAUUUUGGCCUCUUUACCAUUAUGAAUAUCGAGGAAGUGACUAUGAGGAAAACAAGGCAAAGAAAAAGAAGAAUAAGAAGAAGAAAGAAAAGGAUUCUGAUGCAGAGGAUGAUGGAGAAGGGAAGCGUGGUCUAGACACAGGGGCAGAAGAAACUGGUGCUGAAGAUGAAAAGGACAAUGCUGAUAAAACAGACGAAAGACACAGAAGCGACAUUGAAGGAAAAGAUACUGAAAGUGAAUCAGAAAGUAGUCAGAAAUCAACAACAGGACGUGACUUUGAGAUGGUAGAAAAAGAGGAUGCGGAAGAUUCUGCAUCCUAGGUACUUCUACAACUACUCUUCAUAAUCAAGUUAACCCCAAAUUACAUUACUAGCUUUAUUUAAAAUAUAUUAUUUAAACAUAAAGUAAUAGGCCGAUUUAAUUUCCACAAAGUCCGUACUUUGUCCUUGUUUCUUGUCAUGUAAAGGUCUGUUUUGUUGCUUUCUUUCGUAAAACUGAUAUUAUUGUUCAUUGAAUACUUUCAGAAAUUUUGACGGACUUAAUGAAAUCCUACUCUUUCUUAAGUAGGUGGGAGCCUGAGCAAAAGACUUUGUUUAAAUUGCUUCACAUCGUCUAUUUUGAGCUUUAACAAAAACUGAUUUUUCAAAGCCACCUUUUAAAAUUCUACUUGCGUAAUGCAGGUUUUUGACUUUUAUACGACUAUAUCUAAUGAUUUUUUGGUGGAAUCUGUUUUAGAUUUGAUUAAUGAACAAGUUUAGAUAUCAUUUCAAGAUGUUAAGGCAUACCUAUUGAAAUUACAUUCUUGUUGGGUAAAUCUCUGGAUUUUCCUUACUUCCUCUUUUCUGUUGAAUACAGGAUUAUUAGUGGUUUAUGGAAUGAAGCUUUGUUUUCCUGUUCUAAAGUGAUCUUAGCCUUAUUUCAUAAUAUUCCAAAGAGUUUUUAUUGUGUCUGAAUGUGUCACGUAACAAUUUACUUUUCAAGGUUCUGUAUUAUGUUUAUCAUGUCUGUGGUUUUAUUAUAGAGAUGGACAAAAUGUAAUUUCUUUGGUUACCUAUAAGAAUAUUGAGCAGACUGCACAUUUUAAUGGAAAUGCAUUGCCUGUGCAAUGUUAUCAUUCCCAGUGUGACAAUUUAGUUGUGUGUGGUUGGCAUUGUGUGUGUAACAAGCCACACCUGAUUUUCACACUGAGUGUGGAAAGGAAACCACAUUCUUUUAUUAAGUAGAACAGCCAAAUAGGACAUUACUCAUUCAUAUUGUUUUUUGUUGUUGUUUUUUUUUUCUAAUAGUAAUACUAUGAUUUACGAAAGAGUAAUUUAUACUUCCAAUUUUUUGUGUGUUUGUUUUGAGAUUACCUAAGUCCUUAAGUCACAAAAUGACAAGAACUUCAUUGAUCUGAUCUGUUACCAGUACCUUAAAAUUUGAUUUAUGUACUGCUUUUCAUCAAUGUAAAUUGUAUUUUUCAUCAUUAAGCAUAUUACAAUACUAUUUUGUUUGGUUUUAUUCUGGAGGUAAAAGUUAUUUUGGGUGACUGUUGUAAAUGUGUAAAUGUCAGAUUAAAAAAAAAUGUGGUUGGGAGGCAA